AUGUUCAGGCCGACUUCUCCUCUAGCAGGAGGUCUUCUAUGGAAAAUCCCCUGGCGCCUCUCUUCGAUGCAGAAAGCGCGUCAACGAAAGCGAUUAAAGUUGGUCGAUAAAGUGGUCGAUACGGUCAGCACUGCCCUACAAAAAAAUGGCGGUUUGACGGCAAAAGCGGUAGAACGAUGGUACCAGGAGAUGCCUCGAGAGGAGGAGAUGCUUCCAAAGGACAAGUACACGAUUUUUGAUCGCAAGGAAAAGAAAUACAGGAAAGGCAUUCACAAGCUACCGAAAUGGACGAGAGUCAGUCAGAGACUCAACCCGCCUGGCUUCUAG